AUGCGUGAAAUCAUCAGCAUCAACGUCGGCCAGGCCGGUUGCCAGAUCGCCAAUUCCUGCUGGGAGCUGUACUGCCUUGAGCACGGCAUCCAGCCCGAUGGCUACCUGACCGAGGAGCGCAAGGCUGCCGACCCUGACCACGGCUUCAGCACAUUCUUCACCGAGACCGGCCAGGGCAAGUAUGUCCCGCGCACCAUCUACUGCGAUCUCGAGCCCAAUGUCGUCGACGAAGUCCGCACCGGCACCUACCGCAGCCUGUUCCACCCCGAGCAGAUGAUCACCGGCAAGGAGGAUGCCUCCAACAACUACGCUCGUGGCCACUACACCGUCGGCAAGGAGCUGAUCGACCAGGUCCUGGACAAGGUCCGCCGCGUCGCCGACGGCUGUGCCGGCCUGCAGGGCUUCCUCGUCUUCCACUCGUUCGGUGGCGGUACCGGCUCGGGUUUCGGCGCCCUGCUGAUGGAGCGCCUGUCCGUCGACUACGGCAAGAAGAGCAAGCUCGAGUUCUGCGUCUACCCCGCCCCGCAGACCGCCACCUCUGUUGUUGAGCCGUACAACUCCAUCCUGACCACGCACACCACCCUCGAGCACGCCGACUGCUCGUUCAUGGUGGACAACGAGGCCAUCUACGACAUCUGCCGCCGCAACCUCGGCCUCGAGCGCCCGACGUACGAGAACCUCAACCGCCUGAUUGCCCAGGUCGUCUCGUCCAUCACCGCCUCGCUGCGCUUCGACGGCUCGCUCAACGUCGACCUCAACGAGUUCCAGACCAACCUGGUGCCGUACCCGCGCAUCCACUUCCCCCUGGUCGCCUACGCCCCCGUCAUCUCGGCCGCCAAGGCCGCCCACGAGGCCAACUCCGUCCAGGAGAUGACCAUGUCGUGCUUCGAGCCCAACAACCAGAUGGUCAAGUGCGACCCCCGCAACGGCAAGUACAUGGCAACGUGCCUGCUGUACCGCGGCGACGUCGUGCCCAAGGAUGCCCACGCCGCCGUGGCCACCCUCAAGACCAAGCGCACCAUCCAGUUCGUCGACUGGUGCCCGACGGGCUUCAAGCUCGGCAUCUGCUUCCAGCCGCCCCAGCAGGUCCCCAAUGGCGACCUGGCCAAGGUCAACCGCGCCGUGUGCAUGCUGUCCAACACCACCGCCAUUGCCGAGGCCUGGUCGGCCCUGUCGGCCAAGUUCGAUCUCAUGUACUCCAAGCGUGCGUUCGUCCACUGGUACGUCGGCGAGGGCAUGGAGGAGGGCGAGUUCUCCGAGGCCCGCGAGGACCUGGCGGCCCUGGAGCGCGACUACGAGGAGGUUGCCACCGACUCGCUGGAGGCCGAGGAGAUCGAGGCCGAGUACUAG